AUUUGCCUCCUGGCCAUCCAUUAGUCUCCAAUAAAUCAAACAAUAUGUCGAGCAGUGGUUGGAAAAUCAACUUAUUAUUUAUUCUGUCUGUCAUAAGAAGGCUCCAUAUAUGGGAAAGAAUAAUUGAUCGACUUUUACGAUGCUGGCCGUUGGAUCUCUCCCGCACAUAUCUCCAAACAUUUCAAACGUCUCAGCUCAUCCACCUGCACACAUCUCAAAGCAGAUAUUGCGCGAUCCAACGGUUAUUCGCGCGAAAGAACCAACCCUCGUCCGUCCUGUCCCCGGUCUCUCCCCUGCCCCAUCUCUCCGUCUCUCUCUCUCUCUCUCUCUCUCUCGCCCCUGCCGCCUUCCCUCCAACCCGCGGGGAUGCUCCGGAGCACCGACGACGGGCUGGAAUUGGAGCCGGACGCGAGCCUUCUCGGCAGCGACCUCAGCCCGGUUCCAGCCUCCAAGCGCACCCUAACCCGGUGGGACAUCGCCCUCCUCUGGGUCGGCAUGGUGGUGAACGUCCCCUCCUACUACCUCGCCGGCAGCCUCGUGGAUCUCGGCAUGUCCUGGUGGCAAGGCGUCGCCACCAUCAUCCUCGGCAACACCAUCCUCCUCGCCCCUCUCAUCCUCACCGCCCACCCCGGCACCCGCUACGGCAUCGCCUUCCCCGUCCUCCUCCGCUCCGCCUUCGGCGUCCACGGCGCCCACCUCCCCGCCCUCCUCCGCGCCCUCGUCGCCUGCGGCUGGUGCGGCAUCGAGACCUGGAUCGGCGGCCAAGCCAUCUUCCUCCUCCUCCCUCGCUCCAUAACGAACUCCUGGUACGCCCAUCCGAUUCGCUGGCUCGGCACGUCGGCGCUCGAAUUCUCCUGCUUCAUUCUCUUCUUGCUGGCCCAACUUGCCAUUCUCUGGAAGGGCAUGGCCGGAAUCCGAGUGCUCGGUAACUACUCGGCGCCGGUGCUCGUCCUGCUCACCGGCUGGCUCUUUUGCUGGGCCUACCUCAGAGCCGGCGGCUUCGGGGAAAUGCUCUCGACUCCCUCCCGCCUCGGCCCGUCGCAAUUCUGGUCCGUCUUCUUCCCUUCCCUGACCGCGAGCAUCAGCACCUGGUCCGGCGUCGCGCUCAACAUACCGGACUUCACGCGGUUCGCCGCCGGCCAGUCCGAUCAGAUCGCCGGCCAGCUGGGCCUCCCCAUCUUCAUGGGUCUGUUCACGUUCACCGGCCUGGCCAUCACUUCCUCCACACAAGUCAUAUACGGUAGAGUGAUCUCCAACCCAAUCCAUCUCCUAGCCGAGAUCGGUGGAACCUUUACCAUAAUCGCCGCCAUCUUUGGCAUCAGCCUCGCCACCAUCACCACCAACAUCCCUGCCAAUUUUGUUGCCCCCGCCAACGUGCUCGUCAGUCUCAGCCCUUCCACCUUCAGCUUCGCAGGGGCUGCUCUGCUUACGGGAAUCAUCGGCGCCGCCUUCCAGCCUUGGCGAAUCAUCGAAUCCAGCGACAGCUUCAUCUACACUUGGCUCGUCGGGUACUCGGCGGUGCUCGGCCCAGUCUCGGGUAUCAUACUUACUGACUAUUACGUACUCCGCCGCAUGGCGCUCGACGUCAAUGCUUUGUGCUCUGCCGACCCUCGAGGGCCAUACUACUAUUCAAGAGGAUUUAACGCUGCGGCGAUUGGUGCUCUGGUUGUCGCUGUGACGCCUGCCGUCCCAGGAUUUCUCCAUAAGCAAUCUAUUGGGUCCUUUCCUGCUGGAGAUCGACUCGGAAGGUUCGUACCGAUCCCUCCGUUCUGGAACCUCUCCAGCCUACAAUGGCUUCCUUGAUUGCUAUGACAUUAUAAGUGUACGAUUAUUUUACUUAGAUGAUUUCCCAAGCAGCAGCAUAUAUGUAUCGGGAGAUGAACAUAGCUGUAGACUGGGUUAUCUACUUUGUUGCUUGAUACUCUAAAGAGUUUAUCUGAAUGAGUGCAGCAGAUAUACCUUAUUUCUUAUUUCA